AUGGUCAUAAAGCAAACUCCUGGAAUAAAGCUCUCUGAGGUAGUUUAUCCUAAACUACUGCACAUUUCACACGAAGGAGGGAUGGAAAACAACCACACUAAGAGGCAAGGCAAAGAGGAAAUAUAUGCACCUGAAGUUCAGUAUCAGAUUAUCUUAAAUGGUGAAGAAAUCAUCCUCCACCUGCAAAAAAGCAGGCAUCUCCUGGGGCCAGACUACACCGAAACAUAUUACUCAUCCGCCGGGGAGGAAAUCACCAGACGCUCUCAGACCAUGAAACACUGUUACUAUGAAGGUCACAUCCUAAAUGAAAAGGAUUCUGUUGCCAGCAUUAGUACCUGUGAUGGGUUGAGGUACUCUGUGCUUUGCAUUUUGCAGUAUAAGAUGUACCGGGGGAAUCUAACUGUGAUGAGAAGCUUUCUGUUUGAUGUGAUGAACCUCCUCAAUGUGAUUUAUAAAACUGUCCAUGUUCGUGUGGCCUUGGUGGGUAUGGAGAUCUGGUCAGAUAGUGAUAAGAUAAAGGUGGUCCCCAACAUUGGCGAAACCUUCAAGAACUUCAUGAGUUGGCAUCGUUCUAACCUGGGCAAGAGGAAGAUCCACGACCAUGCGCAGCUCCUCAGUGGAAUUGGCUUCAAUAAUGGCCGAGUGGGAAUGGCCGCCUCCAAUUCCCUGUGCUCCGCGUCUUCGGUCGCUGUUAUUGAGGCUAAAAGAAAGAAUAAUGUGGCUCUUGUAGGUGUGAUGUCACAUGAGUUGGGCCAUGUUCUCGGGAUGCCUGAUCUUUCAUACACUGUCAAGUGCCCCUCUGGAAGUUGUGUGAUGGGUCAAUAUCUGAGUUCAAAAUUCCCAAAGGAUUUCAGUUCAUCCUGCCUCUCAUAUUUUCAAAAAUACCUUUCAUCUAAAAAACCAAAGUGCAUAAUGCAAGCACCUCUACCUGCAAAUAUAAUAACAGAACCUGUGUGUGGGAACCAACUUCUGGAGGUGGGAGAAGACUGUGACUGUGGCUCUCCUAAGGAAUGCAAGGAUCGUUGCUGCGAGGCCAGCACUUGCCAACUGAAACUUGGACCUGAGUGUGGGGAAGAGGCUCCCAACCCUUACACGUGAGGCCUUCUCCUCGGAUGUUACUAAAUAUUUUCUCACUUUUAUCUUGGGCUUGAGGAAUUUGCUC